AUGAGGGCGGGAAAGGAAGAGACAGAGGGGUGGGAUCCAACUUUUGGAAAGGCUAUUCCUGAACUGAUUCCACUUGACAGCAACACAAUGUUGAGAACAAAGAAAGUUGCAACAUCAUUACGCAAAUUUGAUCUCAAGAAUCAGCCCCAGCAUCUGCUAAAGCACCAGCGGCUGCAGAACUAUGUUCUUCCAAAAGUUUCAUUUGGCGUUCUGCAUGUUCUCUUUCACAGGCGCUAA